CAACAGCUGAUUGAAAGAGGUCGCAGUUUAACAAACAGAUCACAACAAAAUAUAUAUUUAGACGUCUUUAUGGUUUUUAAUUUUGUAUUAUUACCCUUGUAAAUCAAGACGUUUUCGGAAUGACAUAAUCGGUUUCAGGUUCUUCAGCUUACUUUGCCUUUCCUGUGGUGCAAUACAGUCCAGCCAUGGAUAAGAUUUUGGAGGCGCUGGUCAGUUCCUCCCAUCCUCAGAAUGUCAAGCGGGCUAUCGUGAAAAAAGUGAUGGAGGCUGCUGAAAAGGAGGUGACGGAGGAGCAGUGCCAGGCCUUGUACCAUCUCACCACACGCCUUAUUCUCCAGGGUGAGGAUGUUUUUCAGCGUCAGAUUGGCUUCCAAGUGCAAGAAGCGUACGCACGCUACCAUCGGGAUGAGUUUGCCCGCUUUUUCAGCAAGGAAUAUGUGCUUGGCCUCCUUCAACAGGGCUAUGGCUCUUUGGACCAUAGAGACCCUGCAAUCUUGGACUUCCUUCACAGUUCUCUCAGACUGCUCAUCAGCUGCCCGGCUGUGUUGGAACUGGCACCUCUGCUACAGACGGAGGUCCUACGCAUCAUCUGUGAACGGCCAGAACCAGCGACAUGUGCCAAGUUGGCCACUAUUCUGACAGACUUCUCUCAGUGCAUCCCACGAGAAAAGGCAGGAGUUCUGUUCUGCCAGCAGCUUGUGCGCACCUUUGCAUAUUUCCAUUGUCCUGCCAGUGAAGAGCGGGAGCUGCGGGAGUAUGUGACCCAGGUGAGCAGGGUGAGCACUCUUCUGCAGGUCAUCUGGAAGGCUGAGCCCAGCACACUGCUGCCAUCACUGCAGGAGGUGUUUUCCAUCAUCUCAUCCACAGAUCCUUCAUUUGAACCAUCUAUUGCUCUAGCAAGCCUGGUCCAGCACAUCCCUCUGCAAAUGAUCACAGUCCUCAUCAAAAGCCUCACCACUGACCAGAAUGUUAAAGAUGCCAGUAUGACACAAGCACUCUGCAGGAUGAUUGACUGGUUGUCAUGGCCUCUAGCUAAUCAUGUGGACACCUGGGUCAUUGCUUUAUUAAAAGGACUUGCUGCUGUUCAAAAGUUCACCAUCCUCAUAGAUGUCACACUGCUCAAAAUUGAACAGGUCUUUAAUCGUCUUUGGUAUCCCAUUGUGAGGCAGGGAGCGCUGGUUGUUCUUUCACAUAUGCUGCUUAGUUUCCAGCACUCUCCUGAAGCUUUUCACUUAGUGGUCCCUCAUAUAGUGCCACUUGUGAAGUCUUUGAAGAAUGAUGGCCUUCCAAACAGUAAAACGUUCCUACUGCAAUUUGCUGAACUCAUUCAUUGCAUGAUGUACCAAUAUUCCGGAUUCCCAGACCUCUACGACAGCAUUCUUGAAUCCAUUAAAGAACUGCCUAAACCUAGUGAGGAGAAGAUCAAAUUUGUUCUGAACCAAAGUGCCUGGACAUCUCAGUCAAAUUCAUUUGUCUCUGGCCUACUCAAGAUCACAGGCAAAUCAGAAACAGGGAAGACAGGACUUGUGAAUCUGGGCAACACAUGCUACAUGAACAGCAUCCUCCAAAUUUUAUUUAUGGCCACCGAUUUCAGGCGACAUGUUAUGUCUCUGCAAUUGAAUGGCAGCAACACGCUCAUGAAGAAGCUUCAGCUUCUUUUUGCUUUCUUGGCCCACACACAGAGAGCAGCAUAUUCACCAAGGAGUUUUUUGGAUGUUUCUCGACCUACUUGGUUUUCAGCCGGAUCCCAGCAAGACUGCUCAGAGUAUUUGAGGUUUCUGUUGGACAGGUUACAUGAAGAAGAGAAGGCCCUUUCAGCCCUUCAGACGGCCAGCCCAAAACCAGAACCUGCAACCACUUCUGCAGAAAUUCUCCACAAUGCAGUAAGCCCACCGAUCUCUGAUGUGCCAUCGCAUCCAGAUCCUGCAGCAGCUCAAGGAGAAACCAGCACUCUAGUGGAGCGCAUGUUUGGUGGGAGACUCUCCACAGCCAUCCGCUGCCUGCAGUGCCACAGCCUAUCAGAGAAAGAGGAGCCAUUUACAGACCUCUCUCUUGCCUUCUGCCCCUCCAUGUCACAGCCACGGGGUCCCACUAAUGAGCACAAAAGCUCCUCUACUCUGGGACCCUGCCAGGGAGCGGUGAAUGGAGGCAGUGAAGCCUCAGAGGGCCCUGUCAAAGAAGGUGCAGCAAGCGGGAUGGAGAGGCCCAUGGUGGAACCAACAAUAUCUGUGCCAGAUUUAGUGGACUAUUUUCUGGCUCCAGAAAUUUUAGAGAACGAGAACUGCUACUUUUGCGAACGCUGUGCCUCACUGCAGAGGGCCGAGAAGGCUAUGCGUGUGGUGGCGGCCCCUGAAUACCUCAUUCUGACUCUGUUGCGCUUCUCUUACGAUGCCACCUGCCAUGUGCGGCGCAAGAUCCUGGACAAUGUGGGCAUUCCUCUGCACAUGUCCCUUCCUUUACACCAACACAGUAGCUCUUCACCCUCAAAUGUAGCUGCAUCUUCUUCAUCCGAGUCUCCAGACAGCGGCGAGAAUCUGGCUAAAAAGCUGAAGCCUUCACAGAAAGAGGAAGGAAUCGCGGAAAGCAGAAUGAAGAGCAAGAAAAAUAACAGUGAUUUGCAGAAGCUUUCUGUGCCGUAUGUGUUGAGUUCUGUUGUGAUGCACUCUGGGAUGUCUUCCGAUAGCGGUCACUACUACUCGUAUGGAAGGAAUGUGAGUAGUGAUGAUGGUUGUGUGGCUCGACCGGGUCCCAAGAGCCAGGAUAAUUCUAGCCAAUCAGAGAGCUCGACUGCCUCACAGGAGGAAACGGGGCGUGCUGAUCCAAAGUCGGCGGACUGGUUCUUGUUUAAUGACAGCAGAGUGACUUUUACAAACUUUCAGUCACUACAGAAUGUCACAAGCCGCUUCCCCAAGGAUACAGCCUAUGUCCUGAUCUACAGGAAACAAGAGGUCAGUGGAGAAGCAAGCAAUUCAGGGCCGGUUGUAAAUGGCACAAGGCUGAGUGGAGAGCCACCUCUGCAGAAAGAGCUGAUGGAUGCCAUUACCAAAGACAACAAACUUUUCCUACAGGAGCAGGAGCUGAACGCCAGAACUCGGGCUCUCCAAGCAACCUCUGCAUCCUGUUCAUUCAGACCCAAUGGUUCUGAUGACAACGAGCCUCCUGGAAGCUGCGGACCUUCGGGUGGAGGUGGAGGAGGGGGAUUUAACACCAUCAGCAGACUAGUCUUUUAAAGAGAGUCACAGACGUACCCGCAGAGCACUGGACAGUCCCACUGACAACACCGGACUCAAUUUAUCCUCACAAUGUGGAUGAAUGUGCCACCUCAGAACAGAUAUCUCCUUUUUUUUGGGUUUGCAUGCUUUUUCCCUUUACAUCCACUUGUUUGUUAAUGAAGCGGUACUAUGGGUCAAAAAUGGGCAUGCAAUAAAUUUGUACAGAACACAA